CCGGGCACCGACCGAGCGCGGCGGGCACCUCCAGGAAGCGCGCACGCUCGGGCGCGCGCGCGCGCCCCUUCGCUCUGCAGCCCGCGGUGCCAGCCCUGGGGAGGAAGCCGGAGGAGCCCGCCCGUUCCCAGGACGCCCGCAGAGCCCUGACACCAUGAGUGAAAUUUCUAAGGACUCCUUGAAGGCCAUUCUGUUGGAAUUAGAAUGUCACUUUACAUGGAAUCUACUUAAGGAAGACAUUGACCUAUUUGAUGUGGAAGAUACAAUUGGGCAACAGCUUGAAUUUCUUACCACAAAAUCCAGACUCACUCUUUAUAACCUGUUGGCCUAUGUGAAACACCUAAAAGGCCAAAAUAAAGAUGCCCUAGAGUGCUUGAAACAGGCAGAAGAAAUAAUCCAGCGAGAACACUCAGACAAAGAGGAAGUACGAAGCCUGGUCACUUGGGGAAACUACGCUUGGGUGUAUUAUCACAUGGACCAGCCUAAAGAAGCUCAAAAGUAUAUAGACCAGGUAGGGAACGUCUGCAAGAAAUCGUCCAGUUCUUGUCAUUACAAGUUGGAGCGUCCUGAGAUUGAUUGUGAGAAAGGGUGGGCACUCCUGAAAUUUGGAGGGAAAUACCACCAAAAGGCUAAAGCGGCUUUCGAGAAGGCUCUGGAAGCAGAACCUGACAACCCAGAAUUUAACAUUGGCUAUGCCAUCACAGUGUAUCGGUUGGAUGAUUCUGACAGAGAAGGGUCUAUAAAGAGCUUUUCUCUGGGUCCUCUGAGAAAAGCUGUUACCCUGAACCCAGAUGACAGCUACAUUAAGGUUUUUCUGGCACUGAAGCUUCAAGAUGUACAUGCAGAAGCCGAAGGGGAAAAGUAUAUUGAAGAAAUCCUGGACCAAAUAUCAUCCCAACCUUAUGUCCUUCGUUAUGCGGCCAAAUUCUACAGGAGAAAAAAUUCCUGGGACAAAGCUCUUGAACUUUUGAAAAAGGCUUUGGAAGGGACACCAACCUCUUCUUUCCUGCAUCACCAAAUGGGACUUUGCUAUAGGGCACAAAUGAUCCAAAUUAAGAAGGCCACGCGCAACAGACCUAAAGGAAAGGAUAAACUGAAAGUUGAUGAGCUGAUUGCGUCUGCUAUAUUUCAUUUCAAAGCAGCUGUGGAACGAGACUCAAUGUUUGCAUUUGCCUACACGGACCUGGCCAACAUGUAUGCUGAGGGAGGCCAGUAUAGCAAUGCUGAAGACAUUUUCCAGAAAGCCCUUCGUCUGGAGAACAUAACUGAUGAUCACAAACAUCAGAUCCAUUACCACUAUGGCCGCUUUCAGGAAUUUCAUCGUAAAUCAGAAAAUACUGCCAUCUACCAUUAUUUAGAAGCUUUAAAGGUCAAAGAUCGGUCAUCCCUACGCAUCAAAUUGACAAGUGCUCUGAAGAAAUUGGCUCUCAAGAGACUUGGUCACAAUGCUUCAGACGUGCAGAGUUUAAGUGCCCUAGGGUUUGUUUACAAGCUGGAGGGAGAAAAGAGGCAAGCUGCUGAGUACUAUGAGAGGGCCCAAAAGAUAGAUCCAGAAAACGCAGAAUUCCUUACUGCUCUCUGUGAGCUUCGACUUUCCAUUUAAGUACAUACACUCUAGGAAAUUAGUUCUAAGCUUUCCUCUCCAUUUUGGGUUCUUACGGUUUUGUUUAUUGUUUUUUAAUCCAUUAUUGUAGAUCCAAUUUUUAUUGAAUGGUUAUGGUAUACUAGGUGUCAUGCUAAAACUUCAUAUACAUUAUGAUGGACCUUUUGCUGGUUCUUUUUUCUUUUUUUAUUAAAAUAAUCUGUUGAAAAACAGGACCUUUCCAACUGUUGUAACUUUUAAAAAUGGUAUGGCCACUAUGAAUUUAUAUCCUUUUAUCUCUGCUAUUUAUAAUUUUCUGAUUAAAUUUUGUCAAAUUUCCCAUAUUACUCACUCAUGUAAUGAGUAUGAUCCUAUAUAAUCCUUUGACACCCAAGUCAGGAACACUCCUUCAGGAGUGCAAAAUUGUAUUAGUUAAGUUCUUAACUAUGUAGCUUGCGAAAGAUGGAACUUCCCAGUUAGAGAUGUUCUGACUUAUGUAUUUAACCAUCAACCUGUCACCUAAAGAAUCCUCUUUGUUUAAAGAAAAAAGUUCAUAGAAGUUUGUCAUCUCUGAUGACUUCAAUAAAAGGAGAAAAAACUUGAACAUGAGAAAAAGAUUUCCUCAAACACAGAACUCUGGGGACCAUGAAAAAUCAGAAGUAUUAUCUCCCAAGAUGUUUAGUAGCUACGAAUAAUUAUGAGAAAAAAAAACAUAAUGGAAAAUUAUUAGUCUGAAGUUUCUCUGUUUCUUUUAACUAGAAGAAUAAGCCUGAAUCUAGAUGGAAUUAGUUUUAUUCCUUCCAAUUAAAACUACAGUAUUUUUAGGCUAAAGUCAUUGGGAUAGAAAGCAUACCAGUGGAGACAUUGGGAGAAAUUAUAAACAAGUGAGUAAAAUAGCUGUCCUUUACCUGUACCCCUAGAUUGCUAAGAUUUCAGUGAUUUAGUUUUGGGUCUGGACUAAGUUUUCAUACCCCUAAUAUUUUCCCUUUGGCUAACUGUUCUAGUACUCCAAAUUACUACUGUGAUGCCUUUUGUCUGAAAUUUUCAGAUUGACAGAUCUUUCUGUAGAUUCUCCAGGGAUAGUUAAGCAUUGCUUUCAGUUAUAACAUCCACCAUAAGUGGUCACUACUUAUGGGCUGUUCAUCCAGGGGACUUUUAAAAUUGGGAUGUUGCUAAAAGUGGCUUCUCUGGUGGUGUUUCUUUGAUUAUUGACUAGUUACAUUUACCACCGCAGUAUUAGUGGAAAAGUGUGCCGUGUGAUUUAAUUCUCCAUACCUCCGUGUAGCUCUUAAAACUACUUUGUGUGUGUGUGUUUACUUUUUGUUACUAUUUUUAUGUUUUAAAUUUCUAUUAAGGUUUUGAAUGAAAAUAAUGAAUUCUUAUAUAAUUUCAAACAAUACAGAGGCAUAUGAAUUAAAAGUAAGAGCUCUCCCUCAUCCUACCCCAAUUCCACACCCCCCAGGUAAACUGCUAACAGCUUGAUACAUAUCCUUCCAGAUAUUUUUUCUGUGCAUAUUCAAGCAUACAUCCAAUACUGCAAUGUAGCUCACAAAUUAAAUUUUUUUAUAAUGUUUAGUAUACUUAAGUCCUUGCUGUUUUGUUUAUUUUGCUUAUUUCACUUAUUCAAAAAGGAAGAGUAUUUUUCCUUUUUGAAAUACUCAAGUAUUUCAGAAAUUCAAGACUGAAAUCCUGACCUAUCAGUAGAAGCAUUUGUUACAUUUUGUAGCAAAUAUUUUAUUUUGUAGCAAGUCAUUUUCCCCCCAUUUGGAAUAAUGCUGUAAUUAAGUGUAUAUUCCCAAGUAGGAACUUCACAGGCAAAAAAGUAUAAGUUAUGAUAGCAAAACAAAGAUACAAUUAUAAGCCUCUGUGUAUACUAGACUUUAAGGUUUAUUAAAUGACCUUAAAAUUCACUAGCUAUCAAAACAUUAAAGUAUAUAAGAAGUUAUAAUAUACUGAGAAAGUAUGAUAUCAGCAUGUGAAAAAUACAACUCUAUAAAAUAAAUAUGUUCAUAACAACCUUUAA